UACUAGUGAAAGUAUAAUGACAAAUAUUUUUGUGACAAAGCAGUAGAAAAAAGAUUGAAUAUUUGUUAGACAACUAUUUUUCUACAAAAAAGUGCCUAAAUAUGUAAAAAUAUCUACAAUUUGCUUGUGAACGCAAGGAAACAGCAUUGGUCGAACCAUGGACGAAGAGGAGAAACCGAUUUUAGUAGGAUAUCUUACCAUCAAGUCGCAAAAUGGGUUCUCCAUACGCAUCUCUAAAAAGCCAAAAUACUGCCAGCUUUUCAAAGCUAGCCGUAACGGUAUUGAGCGACUGGAAAUUAGCGAUGGCGAAAACGAUAAAAAUACAAGAAUCGUAACCCUCGAAAACUGCGUAAAAAUUGUGCUGGAGCAACCGACCGCAAAUAUUAUCAACAUUGUCACCAAGACCGGACAAAUUCAGCUACAUUCCAUUAACGAUGCCAUGGCAAAGCAGUGGAAGGUCGCGUUACAAUUGGUUGCAUUCAAAGAGAAGCAGUCUCCGAACAGUGUUCUAUCGUGCAACGCCGUUAUCGAAGAAGAUAACGAUCUGUAUUGCUCAUCGUAUAGUGAAGGUAUCUUCACGGUGACAUUAAUUCCUACGGAAGCAUCUAUGAAGUGUGGACUGGGACCGAAAAUGUAUACGCUCAUGCUGUCGGGAACGGAAAUUCAAUUGAAAUGCUACGAAGAUGAAUCGAUCGUUAUUGCCAUGUGGCCUUACAGGUAUAUUCGGAAAUAUGGAUACCGUGAUGGAAAAUUUACCUUCGAAGCUGGGCGAAAAUGUGAUACCGGAGAAGGCACAUUCAAACUCGACAAUGCUAAUCCACAGGAAAUUUUUCGAUGCAUGUCGACAAAGAUGAAAUCAAUGAAGAAGAACAUAAAUAAUGAUAGUUUCAAUAGCAGCAUUGAUAACAAUCUGAGCUUAGCAUUCUCUUCGUUAGAACCCGGGUCAAGAAGCCCUUUACCACCCACACCACAGAGCUCAUUUGUCGGUGUAGACAGCCAUAAUCCGUUUCGUGCAGUUCUCACUUCACCCGAGAUAAUGAAUUCCUCGGGACUCAAUAAAAGUUGUAUCCCAAACAAGCCCCCUCGUAAAGCCCUACCAUCAGUAGCAAGCCAUCAAAUGUCUGUUAAAGUAUCCACGGAACAACGAAGUCAUUCAGUCAUUUCAAAUAUAUCAUCAGUAUUUAUCAAAAGUCACAACGGCGUUGAUGAUGCAAACGGGAUAUCAGAUACCGUGAAUAAUUCUGUGCCAUUACCUUGUAAAGGUAACCGUGAUUAUGAAUGUGUAGAAGACAUUACCGACGCCUGGAAAAAACUUGGAAUAGACGAUGUAAAUCAUACUGAGCACAUGCCUACUUCGGAAGACGACGAACUCACAGGGUUCAUCAAUGAGAGAUCUAAAACAUCACGAGAACUGAAAUCAAAGUAUCAUCACGAUAGUACCAGUGGCGCAGACAUUUUAAUGCCCACCUCAAUCGAUGAAAGUUACGACACUUUAGACUUUUUCCGCACAACGCAUAAAGUGAGUUCCGGGUAUACAACUAUUGUGCCAAUUACUAACAACAACAACAAGCCGCCACUGCAUCAAACCCCCAAUUCUUCUGACGACUACGAAAUUAUUGGUGAGCCGUCGGCAACUUCAACCAUGCCCCGAAACUAUAGCAGUAGCAGCACAUUGAUCGUGGAAGGGUUCGACAGCAAUGCAAAUCAAAUGUCAUUGGCGCCUCCGGAUAUGUCGGGGUGUAGGAAGGCCGACGAUAGCCACCUUGGUUACGGAAUGAUCCGUCAGCCUAGUUUGCAGAGCCAGAACUCGUCGUCUAGUGUUUGUUCCUCGUCAACCAAUCCGUUCAAAAAUGAUGAACCGGACAAAAUUCAUCGACUGGAUUAUGCCACGGUAAGCAAACCGAAACGAGUUUAGACAUCGGGGCCUUUUCUUUUUAAUAAUGACGAUUAUUUUAUAUUA